AUGGCUGGUCGACAGGCUUCAUUUUCUACCGCGCUGUUUUUCAUUUCUCUCGUGUUCCGUGACAUUGCCAGUCAGCAAUGCCACGGAAUAUACUCCAUUUAUCAAAUGAUGCUUAAGGGCCAUACCUAUAAGACGUUUAAGACUACACCAGGCACGCCGGAAUGCAGAGACAUUUGUCUCGCUGAUGACAAAUGUCAAAGCUUUAAUUUCGUCAUGUUCAUCGCAAUAUGUGAGUUAAAUAACCGGACUAAAGAAGCCAGACCAGAGGACUUUGUCAAGGACGAGUACAGAUAUUACAUGGCGAAAGGUCCAAAACGAGGUAAUUGAACCUGCAAAUAUAAAUUAGUAGGGUGUUCUUACGUUUAUGGAUUUUGCGUUACUGGCUACCGAUGUUUCUAACUUUUAUCCAAUAUAAGCGUAAUAUUUCCAUUUCAGUUCCCUUGGGAUCAAUCCGUGAGCUGCCUGCUGAAUCGUGCAAGGAAAUCAAGGCGAGUGAAGGAGGACAAGCAGUUAGCGGUAAUUAUUGGCUGGAUUCUACAAGAUCUGGAAACUCUAUUUUAGCUCGUUGCGACAUGAGGACAAAAGGUUAG